AUGGCUACGCAGACAUUUACUCCGUUUAGUGAUCUCUGUCCAGAGCUCCGGGCUAUGAUAUGGGACUUCGCAACCCGUCCUCACGGCAUUCGUGGAGUUCAGCACUUCUCUAUCUUUCAUCGCAACAGUGUUCCUACAAAUUUCGAAGGCCACAUCGCACCGAUGAUAGAGAUAAACCAGAUUGAAGUCGUGGUGGCUCCAUCGACGAUAGAUAGCACGACAGGAAGCUCCUACAAUAAUAACUCAACAUACACCAUCGACAGCGGGCUUUGGACAGCUUGCAGGGAGUCAAGAGCGGCGAUGUUUCGUCGGUACAGGCCUGAUGAGUGGACUGACUUUUACGAGUUUCAAAAGAAAAAGUACAGCCCAGACCGCGAACCCGAUCGCAGCGUCGUUCACCUCAGUAGCACAUAUCACGACAUGCCCGCUACAUUCGAAAUGAACCACGGGGAGAAGAGCCAAUUCUUCACCGUUCUUCCCGCUACGGACCUUAUCUUUAUACACUUGACGUCGCUUCGGCAGAGAAUCUGGGAUCUGAGCAAACAACUUCCCUUCGCCUCCUGGAGACUUGGUUUCGGGGGCAUGUGCCACAUCGCCCUGGAAUUUGACCCGUCGUGGAGCAUCGCUGAACUUGAGCAGUAUCAACAAGAGUGGGAGGGAGGCCAGCCCGAACUGAGCGUCGAGCGCUGGAAGGAGUACGACAUGCUGGUACAAACUAGUAGGAACGUUCCUGCCCGUGGCAACCUCAAGACGUUGUGGCUCGUUGAUCGUCGUCUGCGAAGAGAGCAUCUAGCACCCACCGCUGAUCAACUAGAAGCCAUAUUGAAGAUCGAAGCCAUGCCGGACGAAGAGCGAAUGGUUUUCCAUGAAGGCGGCUGCAGGUACUUUGGUAUGCCUACGACGUUCUAUGAAAGAUGGCUCUGGGCAUACGAGGACCAAGGAUCGGUAGACAGCAGCCGCGAAACAGUAUGGCAAUUUGUGCACAGUCUGCAAUGGGUCGCCACUGUUCAAGCAAUGGAUCGCGACAAUGAUUCUUGGAAUCUGCUCCGGGGCGCCGUUCAACGAUGGGGGGUUUUACUACAAUCGAGCUAA